CUCCCCCCCCUGCUUGUGUGCCUGAACAUCAUCAUCCACCCCCAAAUCGCACAUCGUCCCAUGUUCAGCCCCAAUGCCGUGUCGCGGAGUCCAGCCAACCCUUCUCUAUCUGUUUGUUCCGCGACGUCAAGUCCGGAUGGUUUGCUCUCGCGUUCAUCCUGGGAACUUUCUUUCUUCGGUGGGGGCGAAUUGCAACCCUGGCAACACAGUAGACUCUCUGGAAAGUUACACAGCAAGUGUCGGGAGUCUCGAGAAUGGGAUAAUGCCACCAUGGGCGGCCCUGUUGUUUCCCUGCUGACGGGCGAUCAUUGGACAUGGUCGUUUAGUCAGUCAACAGAGCCCUACAAGCAUGAAUACCCAAGGUGUAGCUCCACGGGACAGCGAAGAAACAUAAGUUUAGAGAAAAGCAUCGUUAUUUUUGUUUCACGGUUUCACCGAAGUCGCGGAGGGGACAACCUUGGUUUGCUUAGCGGGAGCCGGAGCACUGAUCAGCAAAUGAACAUCAGACUUAGAGGCUCAGCCGUUUUACGACUAGUUCGGGGAGCACAGAAAGUAUUGCUUUUUUUUUUUUUCGUCUUCCACUCUCGCAUCUCUUUCCCUGUCGCGAGAUUAAGAAACCGGAGAAAAAAAACACACAGCAGAGAGCCUGCAAUUUAUUCGAGGCAAGCCUUGCGCGACGUUGAACACUCGAGCUAGUGAAGAUGAGGGCUUAGGGGGAAAGCCCAGACCAGCCGCACUGCAUGAGCCUACGGACGUACGAAGGCAAACUCUCGAGAGUCCGAGAUGAACCGUCAGCAGAAGGCACCCUCGCGGCGUUCAGUCCAACAAGGCUGCGUGGCUGCUUG